AUGGCGCCGUCCGCACUCGCUGCCCUCGGGCGUGUCACAUCCCCAAAAAGCUUCAAGGGCGGCCCAGAAGCCGAAGCUCUCGUGUCGCCUCCCAGCCCCGCGGUUCCAGAUUACGAUCCUACAAUCAAUGCAAAGCCCUACUCACCUUUUUAUCGCCAUGCGACGCAAAACUUCACCGGACAGACCCCGAAUGCCGCUCUGAAAGUACCCAACGCCGAUGACCUGGAAACCGGCGCCAGUGCAUAUCGACCAUCCGGGGAGUCGGACAAUCGCCGCAGUUCGAAACUCUGGACGGAGAAGAAGAGACAUUGUGACUGGCUCAGAGCAUUGCCGAAGAAGCAAAGAAUAGCCGUGAAGGCGGUCAUUGCCAUUGUCAUCGUGGGGACAAUGGUGGCUAUUGCCCUGGGCAUUACGGCGGCCGUUGGGGGAGGGGUGUGGAAGUCGAACCACCAACAGGGGGCUAUUGGAUCCUGA